AAGUUCAUUGCUGUUGGUUGUGACACUUACGCGAUCUUUGAAGGAGUGCGUGGGAGCGAAAAGUACGUAACCGGUUGCAUGACCUUCUGCGAGAGCUUAGGGAGCAUUAGUGAGUCUUGCUCCGGCAUUGGGUGCUGCCAGACUUCAAUCCCAAGUGGGCUUCAAGUUCGUACCGUGAUGAUGAGUAGCUACUCCAAUCAUACGCUUAUAUGGGACUUUAAUCCAUGUAGCUAUUCCUUCAUUGUGGAAGAAGGCCAGUUCACAUUUUCUAAUAGAAGUUUCCAAGAGCUCGAAAACACAAGCCGGCUUCCGAUGGUUCUCAAUUGGGCAAUUGGGGAUGAAGAAUGUGAUGCAGCUCAAAAGAGGGAGGACUAUGCAUGCAAGGGAAAUAGCACUUGUGUCAGCCCCGUCAAUCUGUCCGGCUACUUUUGUCAGUGCUUGCCAGGUUACGAAGGAAAUCCGUACCCCCCAGAGGGUUGUCAUGAUAUCGACGAGUGUGAGAUUUCAAACCGUUGCAGCGCGCAGGAGCGUGUAUAA